AUGGAUAACUGUUUUAUAGAUGUCACUGUGGAAUUUUUAGCAGUUGCAUUUCAUAAUAUUUUAUACUACGUUUCUGUAUAUCCGGCAACUAUUUUUGAGAUGAGGAAAAAGUACAGUAUUGUCGUUUAUCGUUCUAAACACCCUGAGGUGAAUCAAUACAUUGAUCUUUGCUUGAAAAGUGUGGCGGAGUGUUUAAAAAACGGUACGCUAAAGCGCGUCGAAUUUGCAGUGACAAACGAAGAUUAUACACCUUUAGUAAAGUUUGUUUUCGAUUUUGAUAAAAAUGCUGUAUAUGACGAAAAUGCAGAUGCGUAUUUAGUGCAAGCUGAACAAAAUUUACGGGCAUUUUCCUUGAAUUUAAGCACUAUAAGCAACAAGCUUCAGAACUUGCCUGAAAAUAAAAGUUUUACAGUAUUUCUCCACACGAAUGAGUCAACAGCUGUAUCCAUAGCUUCAAAUCCUGAUUUAGAAGAUUUUCCUUUAGUUGAGAUUGAAGAUAAAGUUGAUGAAUUAGAAAAAAUACUACCAUUAAGAAGGUUCAUUUUAAGAGGUUAUAGUAUAGAUGCUUAUGUUGAACUUAAAUAG